GGGCGGAGUCGCGCACCGUGAGAGAGAGAGAGUGAGAACGCAAAAGAGAGAGAGAUAGAGAGAGGGAAAAGGGGGCAAAGGAAGAGGGAGAGAGAGCGGGGUGAGGGAGAGAUUCAAGCGGCGCUGCGGGCUUAAAAAGUGUCCUUUUCUUGCUUCCGGUGAGGCGCAGCAGUCGUUUCCUCCGCAAUACACUCUCGAGUGGUCGUGUGUUGCCUAUCAUAGAAGACCAAAAGUUGGAGCUACCCGGUGCGUGCGUGGGGGGACUUCUAUAACAUGUCGCGGAAUAAGGACACCGACGGCGGCUGGAGGAGCUUUCUGUGGAAUUCCGAGAAGAAGGAGUUUCUAGGAAGGACCGGGGGCAGUUGGUUCAAAAUCCUUUUGUUCUACGUUAUCUUCUACGGAUGCUUGGCGGCCAUCUUUGUGGGGACCAUUCAGGUGAUGUUGCUCACCUUGAGCAAGUACAAGCCCACCUACCAGGAUCGGGUGGCCCCCCCAGGUUUGUCACACACGCCACGCUCUGAAAAGUCAGAGAUCGCAUUCAGCAUCAGGGAGCCAAAGUCCUACGAGAAGUACGUGGACAGCAUUGACAAGUUCCUCGCGCUCUACAACGACGAUCGCCAAACCGACUUGAUGAAAUACGAAGACUGCGGAGACACUCCUCAGCCGUACCGCGAUCGUGACAGCAUUGACAAGGACAAAGGGGAGCGCAAAGCUUGCACCUACAAAAGGUCCUGGCUGCAAAGCUGCUCGGGCAAGUCGGACAACAUGUACGGCUUCCAGCAGGGAUCGCCGUGCAUCAUCGUCAAACUCAACAGGAUUGUCAAUUUCAGGCCCAAGGUCCCCACCGAUGAUGAUGUGCCUGUGCCUUUUCAAGCCCGAGUCAAGCCCAACUCCGUGCCUAUUUUCUGCAAGAACAAGCGCGAAGAGGACGCAGACAAGAUCGGCGAGAUUAACUACUACGGCUUUGAAGGCAGCUUCCCGCUGCAGUACUAUCCGUACUACGGCCGGCAGCUGCACCCCAACUACCUUCAGCCCCUGGUGGCCAUCCAGUUCUCCAACAUAACGCUGGACCAGGAGGUGCGCAUCGAGUGCAAGGUGUACGGCGGCAACAUCAAGUAUAGCGAGAAGGACCGCUAUCAGGGACGAUUCGACGUCAAGUUCAACAUCAAAUCGUGACCUCUUCCGGCGGUCGGUCAGUCGGCGCGCACUCUUUACCACCCCCAGCCCUCCUCCUUUGUUUUGACAAGCAGGUCUCCCCCCCACCCCAAAAGAAAACACGUAGAGCCAACUGAGAUGAUAAAAGUCACAUCCGCAAGAAAAAAUAAACACCACUAUAGUAGUCUUUAAAUAAUGACACAAUACAGCAGUGGUUCUCAACUCUUGCUACCCUACUCCAGUUUCUGCCCGGGUUUUAAGCCAAGGAAAAUAUUGUUAGCCUAACAGGAUGAUUGCCAAAGUCAUUUUUGUUGUGAUAACAAAUUAAUGAAAAGUCCUGUUGCCUCCAUUGAAAUUUUGCAGAUUUACUACGACGUGAUGACUGAGAAUCUACAGAUUAAAAAAAAAAAAAAAAUGCAACAAAGUUAAAAAUGACUCAGGCAAUGAUGUAAUUAUUAAGCUCACAAUAUUUAAACAUUUAAAAAAAAGAAAAUGUCUUGCACACCGCCACCCAAAAAUGUUUUGAAAAGUAUGUUUCUUGUUCUGCCUGUCACUUUACAUCACUAGCAUAGAUAGAUGAACAAAUUUUAUUUGCCAUUGAUAAAUCCUAACUUUUGGACCAAUGUCACUUUCCCAGUGGAUGGGAAUCACUGCCUUCGGACACAGGUGCCAAACCUCAGGCCUACAUCUGGCCUGUCACAGCAUUUUAUGCACGGUAUCGUCAUUUCUUGCCCAAAUCCGUGCCAAAAUUGUCCUCACGUUAAAAAUGUUGAAAUAUUUUGUUUGUCAAACUCCUUUUUAAAAAAGAAAUUGAUACUAUUUUAUUGUUUUCCUAUUUGUUGUUAAUAUGUUACACCAUUACACCUUUAAAUGGUUUCAGAGUUAGAGCCCUCUAAGGGUGACAAAAUUCACUUUUUUUGCCAAAUAUAUGACUAUGACCAUGAAGAUUCAAAUUUCUUUAACGCAAAAAUCUGGACUUGUUUUUUGAAAAUAAAAAAAAAACAAAAAAUCAAGACCUUUUUCCUGAAAAGGUAUUUGUACUUGAUUUUUGUUUUGUUUUAAAAUAUAUGUUUGAGGGUUUUUUUUUUUGCCAACAAUUUUUAUUUUUAACUCGUCCUUAAAAAUUCUAAUUCUAUCCUACACUGCCAUACGUCAGCACCGUAAACUGAGGGCGCCUCUGCCAUUUUCUACUCCCCGCCCGCCACCUCAACCCACUUUUAGGUGCUGUACCACCAGUUGAGAAUCACUGCUCUACAGGAUUGUAUUCCAUUUGAAAAAAAAAAAGGUGCGCGCUUCAUUCCCACAUGGGCUUUUCGUGUCUGUCCACGGUUUUAGGAUGUGGCGUAGCAAUAGCAAAUCAAAUCAUAUUUAUUCUGCUGUACAUGAUGAAUUUCACUCCUUCAGAGCCGUAUAGACGCAUCCAUACUGUCUGAGGUAAUUAAAAAAAAAAAAAAAAGAAACUCCACUUCUACUACUACUACUACUACUACUACUACUUAUUACUACUGACGUGUUUGUGUCGUAAAAUCUCGUCUCGUCCGCUUCUGCGUGAGUGUGUCUGCGCGUGUGCAACUAACUGAAAUACUAGCGCGGUACUGGAUACCAUCAAGGAAGGAUCCAUCAUUUGUACGCUUUUCAUUCCCCUCCAUCUGUUGUUUGUAGUUUUUUUUGUAGUUCCUAGCAGUCCUGUUGAAUGUUUUAGCCAUGUUCAUGGUGCAAGAAUUUUAUAUUUAUGCAGUUGUACAUUUUAUUUCACUUUCAGAAAUGUCAUGUUUUAAAUCUGAUACCAAAGUAGUCGCUGGUUGGAAAAAAGAAUUUCAAAAGAGUAUCAAUGCAGUAUCCCGUUAUAUGUUGAGAAAAUUAAGAAAAAAAAAAGAAAAUGAAGAAACUCUAAACACUGUCAGAAGUCUUCUGGUCACUUUAUUUAAUCUGGCUGAAACAAUAAACAACAACAAAUUCAA